CAUGCCUUCCGCAGCCUUAAUCGUGCCCUUUUAAAUUCACGAUCCGUCAACCUCUAUCGCAAUUUUCGUCCCCUUCGCCCCAACCCUAAUUCCAUCGUCCGACGGCUGAUUCACGACACCAUUGCAGUAGAUGGCGACCUUUGCCCGACCUGAGAAUGCCCUGAAAAGAGCUGAAGAGUUGAUAAAUGUUGGGCAAAAUCAAGAAGCCCUGGAAACUCUUCAUGGUUUUAUUACCACAAGGAGGUAUAGAGCUUGGACUAAAACUCAUGAGAGGAUAAUGUUCAAGUAUGUUGAGUUAUGUGUCGACAUGAGAAGGGGAAGGCAUGCUAAAGACGGCCUUAUCCAGUAUCGUGGCAUCUGCCAACAGGUUAAUAUUACUUCUCUAGAGGAGGUGAUAAAGCAUUUCAUGCAGUUGGCCACUGAUAAGGCUGAGCUUGCACGUAAUCAAGCUGAGGCUCUGGAAGAGGCCUUGGAUAUUGAUGACUUGGAAGCUGAUAAAAGGCCUGAAGAUCUGAUGUUGAGCUACGUUAGUGGUGAGAAAGGAAGAGACAGAUCUGACCGUGAACUUGUUACUCCAUGGUUUAAGUUUCUGUGGGAAACUUACAGAACAGUUUUGGAAAUUCUCCGAAACAACUCAAGACUUGAAGCUCUGUAUGCUAUGACCGCACAUCGUGCCUUCCAGUUUUGCAAGCAAUACAAGCGUACGACAGAGUUCCGGAGAUUGUGUGAAAUAAUUCGGAAUCAUCUGGCAAACCUUAACAAGUAUAGGGACCAACGGGAUAGGCCUGAUCUUACCGCUCCUGAAAGCUUGAAGUUGUAUCUUGAUACCAGAUUUGAGCAACUUAAAGUUGCUACUGAACUUGAACUUUGGCAGGAGGCAUUUCGUUCAAUUGAGGACAUACAUGGACUCAUGUCCAUUGUUAAGAAAACUCCUAAACCUUCUGCUUUGGUUGUUUUCUAUUCUAAGCUUUCUGAAAUUUUCUGGAUGUCAUCCAGCCAUCUUUAUCACGCUUAUGCAUGGCUUAAGCUUUUCACACUUCAGAAAAGCUUUAACAAGCACCUAGAUCAGAAGGAUUUACAGUUAAUAGCAUCAUCAGUUGUUUUAGCUGCACUUUCUGUACCUCCUUAUGACCGCUCAUAUGGUGCAUCUCAUUCGGAGCUUGAAAAUGAGAAAGAGCGGAAUUUAAGAGUUGCAAACCUUAUUGCUUUUGAUGUUGAAUCCAAACCUGAGAAUAGAGAAGUGCUUUCAAGGUCAUCACUGCUCUUGGAAUUGGUAUCCAAAGGAUUGAUGAACUGUGUUAACCAGGAAGUGAAGGAUCUUUACCAUAUCUUGGAGCAUGAAAAUCUUCCUUUUGACCUGACUCUGAAAGUGCAACCCUUGUUAUCGAAAAUUUCUAAGCUUGGUGGUAAACUUGCUUCUGCAUCUUCUGUACCAGAAUUGCAAUUCUCUCAAUAUGUUCCUUCUCUGGAGAAACUUUCUGCUCUGAGGUUGCUGCAACGGGUUUCACAGGUGUACCAGUCCAUGAAUAUUGACAACUUAUCAAGGAUGAUUCCUUUCUUUGAUUUUCCUACCGUUGAGAAAAUAUCAGUGGAUGCAGUCAAAAAUUAUUUCUUAGCAAUGAAAGUGGAUCACAAGAAAGGUGCCAUUUUCUUUGGUAACAAAGGUCUUGAAAUAGAAGGCUUAAGGGACCACCUGUCAACAUUUGCGGAGUCUCUUGGCAAAGCAAGGCUGAUGAUCCAUCCUCCUGCAAAGAGAGUCUCAAAAUUGGGGGAAAUGCUUACAGAUUUGGUGGUAGUGGUUGAGAAAGAACACAUGCGACUUCUUGCUCGCAAUUCAAUAAUUGAAAAGCCUAAAGAAGAACAAGAACGCCAGCUUUUAGAAAUGAAAGAGGUGUUGAUUGUGAGUGCUGAAGAUACGAGAAGAGGAAGCCAAGAGGCUAAAAUUACAGAAGAUAAACUACUUAGAGAAGGACGAAACUCUGUCAGGCUGCAGUCGUCUCAGCCCCGGGAACCACCGGGGGACGUUCUUCCCCUCCUGUGCCCUACGACCAUCUAUAAGACAAACACACCCAUCGCUUCGCUAGAUGUUGAUACGAGCCAGGGAAACUCGUACGCUAGCGAGUUAACAGGCCCGGUGUGGGCAUGCCAAGUCACUAAAUGUUGUGAGUUUUCAUUCAAGGACUUCCCGGGCAUCUCUCAAACAUUAGAACACUACCCACAUGCCAAGUCACUAAAUGUUGUGAGUUUUCAUUCAAGGACUUCCCGGGCAUCUCUCAAACAUUAG